CAUCCUUCUUCUUUCCUUCGCCGUCUCUCCUUUUCCCCUCAUCACUACUCCCCCCUCCCGCUGUGCCCCGGCCAAGCCCUUGCUUCCGCCCGCACGGCUUGGCGUUGGACGCCACCGGUACUAGAGUUGAAUUCCGGCCACCGACAAAACAUCGCUUCGUCUACCUUCUCCGUCUCGUCACACCUCCAUCACACUCCUCCCACAAUGUCCUUGCCCGUCCCCGGCGGCACGGCGGGGUCGAGGAACCGCAUAUCAUCUCGCUUUGAAGGUAUCGAUGACCUUUCAGCUCUGCCUUCCAUUGCAGAGGACACCAUCUUGGCCGCGCUCCGUGAGCGCUAUGUCACGUCGCAACAGUACACUGCUGUUGGGGCAUCGGCGAUCGCCUCCGUUAAUCCCCUCGUCUCCCUACCCCAGAACAGCGACAUCUCCCUCCAAGACUACAUUCAUGAGUACUUCAGAUCGGCCGGCGACGACGUUGUCGGCGAGGAUGAGGUCAGCUCCAAGGAGCGCUUGCCCCCACAUAUCUUCCGCCUCGCUCUCAAUGCGUUCUACAACAUGCGCCGGACGGGACAAGACCAGAUCCUACUCAUGAGCGGUGCGACGGGCUCCGGAAAGUCCGAACUGCGCCGCCUUGCCGUCAAGGCCAUCGCCGAGGUGUCCGCCGCUCCUCCGGGCAAGAAGGCGCACAAACUGCCUGGCCAGAUUGCCAAUGCUCACUUCAUCCUCGAAUCUUUUGGCAACGCCCAGACCAUCAGCAACGAGAAUGCUUCGCGCUUCGGCAACUACACUGAGAUGCAGUUCAACGACCGUGGACGUCUGGAAGGCAUGAAGACCCUCGAGUACUACUUUGAGCGCACUCGUGUGUCCCAGACGCCCGCCGCGGGAGAACGCAAUUUCCACGUCUUCUACUACCUUGUGAACGGUAUAGAGGGCGAGGAUCGACAGCACCUUCACCUGGGCCAGGUUAGCGACUAUCGCUACCUGCAGUGUCGCGCUCGGCGCAGCGGCCCCACUGACCGCGAGCGUUUCUCGCAGCUCAAGAAUGCGUUCAAGGCAUUGGGCAUGUCAACGCGCCUCGUGGCGCAGGUCUGCCAAUUGCUCGCCUGUGUCCUUCACAUCGGCAACCUUGACUUCAUUGACGAGCCGGGUAUGCACGAGGGCGCCGCUGUCGCAAAUGAGCACGUGCUUCAGCUUGUCGCCGAGUUCUUGGGUGUUUCGUUGCCCGCACUGAAGGAGCUGUUCGCGUUCAAGACGCUGCUCCUAGGCAAGGAAUCGGUCACCACAUUCCUCAACGCCGAGCAGGCUGAGGAUGUCCGUGACGAGCUCGCGCGCUCACUCUACUCGCUGCUGUUCUCUUGGCUGAACGAGAAUAUCAACCAGAAGCUCUGCAAGGAGAACUUUGCCGCUUACAUCACCCUCCUCGACUUCCCGGGUCUCCAGAACAACUCCGGCCCUACCCUCGGCGUGAAUUCGCUGGACCAAUUCUGCUUCAACUUUGCCAACGAGAAGCUCCAGAACUGGAUCCUCCAUCGCAUCCAGGAAGCUCCUCUAAAGGAAGCUGCCCAGGACAAGAUGCCAUGCGAGCGCGUCCCCUACUACGACAACACUGAGUGCCUCAAGAUGUUGUUUGCACCGAAGACAGGUCUUGUCGCCAUUGCCGAUGAGCAGGCGCGCAAGAAGAAGACGGAUGCGAGCAUGAUUGAGACGAUGGCGAAACGCUACACAGGCCACUCGUCGUUCCAGAUCGGCAAUCUUGAUCGGAGCGGCGCGUCGUCAUUCACUGUCAACCAUUAUGGUGGCCCUGUCACCUACUCUGCCGAGUCCUUCCUUGACCGUAACGCGAACGACGCGGGCGCCGACCUCCUUCGUCUUCUGCGUGGCAGUGUCACUGGACCCAGUAACGUUCCGGACCACCAGGGGUCUAACAACCCCUUCAUCCGCAACUUGUGGUCGUCUAAAUCAAUCGCCACUCAGGCGCACCCUCGCAACGACGACACCAUCGUCGGUGCCCAGCAGCCGAUGCGCCCUAUGCGAGCACCCUCUACUCGCCGCAAGCGCGGGCCCAGGCUCUCGGCUGUGACUGAAGAGGAUGGCAAUGACGAUGCUGUCGGCGGAGGCAACGACUCUGGAACUGCGGGUACCCAUCUGCAUUGUGUUGCUGGACAGCACCAACAGGCGAUCAACAGUCUGUUCGACAGUAUUGAGUCGGCGCAGUCAUGGUUCUGCUUUGCCCUCCGUCCUAACGACUCGCAGCUGCCUGGCCAAAUCGAGGCGCGCUCCAUGCGUGCUCAGAUUCGAAGUCUCGGACUCACGGAGAUUGCCUUGCGCAUGCGCAUCAACUACGAAACGCGCAUGACUCACCAAGAGUUUUCCGACCGGUACUUCGACGAGUUCACCGAACGCGCGAUCGGAAACCAGGCAGCGGCGGCUGACCGCAUCAGAGACUUCAAGAGAGUUCUCAAGCUGAGUGAUGUCGACAUGGCCGUUGGAUCCGACCGGGUCUUCCUAUCCCAUCGUGCUUUCCAUCGCUUCGAGGACCGGCUGCGUGAGGCGGAGGGGCUUGAGCUGCCUUCUCACCUGCAAGCCCCCCUCACUCGCAACGACCCCUUCGCACCUGGCAUGCGCUCCUCGUCGCCUGAGCCUGAGCCUGUCUUUGACUUCAAUGACCGCAAUGACUCUUUGGCGGCAUUACCCCUCGUGGCCAACGCUGAGCCGGCGCCUCGCGGAGGCGGUCCAGGCUCCGACUUUGAUGGUGACUCGCGCAACUUUGCCAUCAGCCAAGCAACGAGCCCGUUCGGCGAUUCUCAGUCGAACCUCGGCACCGAGUCGUAUGCUCCGUCACGGGCCAUGUUCCGCGACGCGGACCUCAAAAGGGCGAACCGCGGCGAGCGCGACGUCCUCGACGCUCUACCGGACGAUAACGAGGUCAAGGAGGAGUACAAGGAGUCACGCGCGCGUCGGCGCUGGGUCUGGCUUUGUUGGUUCCUCACAUGGUGGUGCCCGGACUUCCUUAUCGCGAAGGUCGGCCGUAUGAAGCGACAGGACAUUCGCCAGGCGUGGCGCGAGAAGCUAGCCAUUAACCUUAUCAUUUGGUUCAUUUGCGGCUGCACGAUCUUCGUCAUCGCCGGCCUUGGUCUCGUCAUUUGCCCCCGCCAACAUGUAUACACAAAGGCCGAGCUGGCCUCGCACAGUUACAAGGACAAGCCCACGCAGGCUUACACCUCGAUCCGUGGCGAGGUCUUUGACAUGACCAAGUACUGGAAAACGCACCAGUCCAUCGUACCUAUUGUCGAUCAGAAAACGUACUUCACCUACGCUGGCAAGGAGGCAGAGGUUCUGUUCCCUGUUCAGGUGUCCGCCGUCUGUGGCGGCACGGAGGGGGCCAUCAGUUCAUACGUGACUCUCGACUCGGUCAACUCGACGGACGUCUACGCCAAAUACCAUGACUUCCGCGCUUGGACCAACGAUUCGCGUCCCGACUGGUACACCGAGCAGAUGAUCAUGCUGCGCUCGCGGUACCAGGUUGGCUGGAUGGGGUACACCAAGAAGGACAUCAAGUCGAUGUCGGGGCAGCGGAACGUCGUAAUUUACGACGACCAUGUGUACGACAUGACCAACUACAUGAGGCAAGAUGGUGGCGGUACUCACCUCAUGGGCAACGGCCAGGCCGACGCCCGCGCCGAACAGGACCGCCAGUUCAUGUCCCGCUCGAUCAUUGACCUGUUCGAGUACCACAAGGGCGAGGAUGUUACUCGACUCCUGGAGGAGGAUGUUCGGAGGGUCGUGGGUGACGAAGUACUGCGCUUGCAGAAGCAGUGUCUGCGAAACCUCUUCAUCAUCGGCAAGCUGGACACGCGUGACUCGACUCAGUGCCAGUUCUCGACAUACAUUCUACUCGCCCUAUCUUGCGUCAUGGUUGCUGUUAUUGCCUUCAAGUUCAUCGCCGCCAUCCACUUCGGUCCCUCGCGUGCUCCCGAAAACCAUGACAAGUUUGUCAUCUGCCAGGUCCCGUGUUACACAGAAGGCGAGGAGUCUCUGCGGCGCACCAUCGACUCGCUGGCCAAGCUGCGCUAUGACGACAAGCGUAAACUGCUUUUCAUCAUCUGUGACGGCAACAUCAAGGGUUACGGUAACGAGAAGCCAACACCGGCUAUCGUCUUGGACAUUCUUGGUGUCGAUCCCAACCUUGAUCCCGAGCCGCUGUCCUUCCAGUCUCUGGGUGAGGGCGCGAAGCAGCACAACAUGGGCAAGGUGUACGCGGGUUUGUAUGAGUGCUCCGGCCACGUCGUUCCCUACGUUGUUGUUGUCAAGGUUGGCAAGCCCACGGAACGCCCCAAGCCCGGAAACCGUGGCAAGCGUGACUCGCAGAUGCUGCUCAUGCACUUCCUCAACAAGGUUCACUAUAACUCGCCGAUGAACCCCCUUGAGCUUGAACUCUACCACCAAAUCAAGAACGUCAUCGGUGUCAAUCCAAGCUUCUACGAGUACCUAUUCAUGGUCGAUGCCGACACCACGGUCCAGGAGCUGUCGCUCAACCGUCUGGUUUCGGCUUGUAUGCACGACAAGAAGAUCAUUGGUAUCUGCGGCGAAACCUCGAUCACCAACGCCAAACAGUCGAUCGUCACCAUGUCGCAGGUGUAUGAGUACUUCAUCUCGCACCACCUCGCUAAGGCGUUUGAGUCGUUGUUUGGCUCCAUCACCUGUUUGCCCGGUUGCUUCACGAUGUACCGCCUGCGCACGCCGGACACGCGCAAGCCGCUCUUCAUCUCAAAUCAGAUUAUCCACGAUUACUCGGAGAACCGUGUCGACACUCUUCACCUGAAGAAUCUGCUCCACCUGGGUGAAGACCGUUACCUGACAACGCUGGUUCUCAAGCACUUCCCUACAUACAAGACCAAGUUUGUGCGCGACGCAAAGGCGCAGACGGUUGCUCCGGACUCGGCCAAGGUUCUGUUCUCCCAGCGUCGUCGUUGGAUCAACUCGACCGUCCACAACAUGGCCGAGCUCAUCUUCCAGGAGAACUUGUGCGGUUUCUGCUGCUUUUCCAUGCGUUUCAUCGUCCUUAUCGACCUGGUGUCGACGGUCAUUGCCCCUGUGACAGUCGCGUACAUCGGAUACCUCAUUUACAUCAUUGUCUCGACUCAAGGCAACAUCCCCACCAUCUCCAUCGCCAUGUUGGCCGCCAUUUAUGGCCUACAGGCUCUCGUCUUCAUUUUCCGGAUGCGUUGGGACAUGAUUGCAUGGAUGAUCUUCUACAUUCUUGCCAUCCCCGUCUUCUCGUUCUACCUUCCAAUCUACUCGUUCUGGCGCAUGGACGACUUCUCGUGGGGUUCGACACGCCUCGUCGUCGGCGACGGCGGUAAGAAGAUUGUCAUUCACGAUGAAGGCAAGUUCGACCCCAAGUCGAUCCCUCUCAAAAGCUGGAACGACUACGAGAAUGAGCUGUGGGACCAGGAGUCGAACCACUCGGACGGCACCUGGGGCCCUGGCAAGAGCGAGUACGUCGCCGACUACAAGGAGAGCAUGUACGGCCAAUCGCUGCACGCACAGUCGAUGUACGGCGCCCCGCAGUCAAUGUACGGGCACGGUUCAGUGUACCAGACCUCGCAGCUCGGCGGAGGCCACAACAUGCGCUCUCCUCGCGGAAUCUCGCCGGCCGGUUCGUACUCCGACCUGCGUGGCGCCUCGCGCGCUGGCUCAUAUGGUGGAGAUGCGCCUCCUAGGGGCACAUUCUAUGCCGCACCAGCGAUGGGCGACGCCAACUCGUACAGUGGUCACGGGCACGACGCGGGCAGUCUGUACGGCACCGGCUCCUUCUACGCGCAGCCGAUGGGCCACCACACGCCCAAUUAUGGUCUCCCGCAGCAUCACAUGGGGGACACGGCACCGGGCGAGCCUUCAAGCGAGCAGCUCGAGCAGAGCAUCCGCCGCAUUUGCGACGGCGCCGACCUCGACACGCUUACCAAGAAGGGUGUGCGCCGUCAGCUGGAGAGCGAGUACGGCAUGCCGCUCGCGCAGCGCAAGGACGAGAUCAACCGCAUCAUUGAGGCCGUUCUGGCCGAGUAAUUCACCAUCACGUUACACACAGACAAUGGACCUUGUUCACGAAAUGACGACUGUUAGGAGUAUAGGAGUAUAGAUGCAUCUCACUAGUGCACGGAUGCGUACCCUUGAUUUGUAC